CCGGGGGAUACAGCUGCACGUUUUCUCGUAUGUUUGGCAGAGUAGUUUGUGCCAUAGUCACCUGUGUCUUUUCGAUAGUUGGUUCUGUGGUAGGGGCCAUCACUGGAGCUCUGAUAGGCCUAGCGACCGAGAGCGGUUUGCUGCGAGGAGCUGGAAUUGGAGCUACUUCUGGGGCUGUCUUCUCCAUUGAAGUAGUCGAAUCAUCUCUCGAUCUAUGGAACUCCAGGGAAUCAGGGAUCUGGAGCAUUCUCUACGUGGAUCAUAUAAUCUAAUAGUAAUCUCCGAUCUCUUCAAUGGAAACCGAUCAAGAAAAGGUUGGAACAACAGUGCAGAGUGCAAUCCAGAGUCAGAUGAGUGCUCUCAGUUUCCACUUCAUGGAGAGUGCUGAUUUCUUCGAGAUCGGCGGGGGCGUCAGAGGACUGUCGAUCGAUGCAGUGGAGAAACUUCCGAAGGUUAAGAUUGCUGCUGAAGACAAUGUCGACGCUGCAGGGGAUAAAAUCUGCUGCUCGGUCUGUCUGCAGGACUUCCAAACUGGAGAAAUGGUGAGGAAGUUGCCCAACUGUCAGCAUAUGUUCCAGUCGCCAUGCAUUGAUAGCUGCUGGCUCGUCAGGAAUGGCUCUUGUCCGCUGUGUAGGAGAGACAUAUAG